UUUAAUUAUGACACGGUACACGUGUUUCCUUAAUAAGUUGUUCCACUACACUUCCCAAGAUCCCUCACCCCGGAAACGGUUCGCGGGGACAGGAAGAGGCAUUGUUUUCGUUGAUAUGCGGCGUGUCGCUCGGCCCCCGUGUGAGGAUGCCCCGAUCCCGGAGGAGCAGGAGACGGAAGGCCAGAGGCAGCUGCACAGCCUGCUGCUCCAGCAGCUGGACACAGAGGCUGACAUCGAGCGGUGCGUGGCGAAGCGGAGGUGCUUUGCGCCGGCGGCGCUGUACCGGCCGUUCGGGGAGCAGGCGGCGGGCGUGCGCAGUCUGACGCAGUUCCGCGCGCUGCAGGACGGGGAGCAGGAGCUGGCCAGCCUGCGGGAGCUCGGCCUCACCGAGCCGGAGAUGCAGCUGUGGAGGACCCGGGACCUGCCCGAGGCGGGGGGGAAGAGCGGUGGAAUCCGGGCGGCUCCGGGGGCCCGGCAGCAGCGCUUGCAGGUGAUCCGGGAGAAGAUGGCGGCUCGAGAGCAGCUCCUGUCCCUGCCCCAGCGCCUGUCUGCCAGCCGGCCGCUGUCCCGCCGUGAAAUGGAGAUCGAGAGGGCGCUCUUCCACGGCAGCGAGCGGCUGGGCUUCCUCUCUGCACUGUACCAUCAGGAGGAGGCAGCUCAGUCCAGUGGAGACAGCUCGAGCUCCUCGGGCCGUAUGGACCAGGUCUACCGAGACGUGCUGAAAGAUGAAACGCUAGCAGCACCUCCACUCUCUGUGAAAUCAGAGGAGGAAAGUCCGUCUGACUCCCAGCUCAAACCAGAAAGCUCCUGUGACCAAAAACAGAGGCAAAAUGGCACCUCUGAUCCCAGAUCCACAGACGCACAGACCCAGGGCUGCCCUGGCCCUGACCCAGCGGCCUGCCAAACUGAAGACCUUUUAGGAGACUCUCAGAAACCUGCUGGCCACACACAGUGUCCGAUGAAAGGCGACGGCGCGCCAUUGGCCAGGCAGAGGAAGAUCAGCGCCAGCCAGCCAAUCGGGAGGCUGGACAGUGUGACCCGGCUGGGACCGGGGGGUCCGCUCGCGGUGAGCGGGUCAGUGGAACACGUCUCCGAGGACCAGAUUCGGGAGAAUAGAGAGACGGAGGCGGGGAUAAGGAGCAUCCCGCGAUUUCAGAACUACCAGCGAGGAGAGCCGUCCGAGGUGCUCUGCGUGAGGAACCUCAGCCCACGAGCGUCUCUGUCCCAGCUCGUCUCCCUGUUCUCCCGCUUCCAGCCCCCCCCCGGGCCCCCCCUGCUCUACCGCCUGCUGACCGGGAGACUGAAGGGCCAGGCCUUCAUCACCUUCCCUGACACACAGAAGGCUGAAGCUGCCCUGGACCUGCUGAACGGCUAUCGGCUGCUGGAGAAACCCCUCGUCAUCGAGUUCAGGAGAGGAAGGAGGGAUGAAGAGAGAGAGGGAGGACGGGAUGAACAGAAAGAGAGGGAUGGAUGAACAGAAAGAUAGGGAUGGAUGAACAGAAAGAGAGGGAUGAUGAACAGAACAUGGGAGGGGCCAGGGCAGGGCACAAAAACUCCAGGGACAUGGGCAGCAAGUCCGUCCCGUUCCCACGACAACGGCCCAAAAUAGUGUGAGGCAGCCGCUCUACAGAACCCCAGUGGCCAGCCAGUGGACCGUCCGUUACGUCUUUAAACCCAUUUUAUAUCCUGUUUUAAAGAGAAGCGUUUUGGGUGAAUAUUUUUCCUGUGGAGGCGAUUUAGCGCUGUGUGAGCCUGUUCCCUACUGGACCUGGUUAUUGCUCGUACAGUAAACACAAAACCAAUGUUUCUGCCUCGAGGUCUUUGUCAGGUCACUGGACAGACGGUCUCUUGGGCCUGGACAUGUCUGUGUGCUGAUUUAAGGCAAUAAAGAGACAUUUGGGAGGCA